AUGGAUUUAAGAUCAUUCGCUGGACUGGUGUUCAACCCCAUAGAAUGGAUCAAUAGAGCCUGGGGUGGGAGUGGAAAUCAAAAUAAGGAGGAAUUUGUACACAACUCGGUGGCAAGGCUGCAGUUAUAUAUGAAGCAACUCAACAAUUCUCUGGAUGAGACAUCAUCUCAGAUUGCCUCAUCCACCCCUCAUGCUGCCAAAAACUCGGAAGCUUUGAAACGAGAAUGUGAAUUUCUCCAAGAAAAGCUGUUGACCCUCGAGAUGCACGUCAUAGGUGUGGAGAAGGAGACCGGAACAAGCAUCAAGAGUCUUCAACGGAUUGAUAAACUGAAGAGUCAAUUGGAGUAUGCAGCAUCAGCUCUCCAAGAAACGGAAAAAUGGGGGGCUUUAGCCACCUCACUAGAAGAGAUUUUGGAUGAGGGGGUUCCCAUGCAAACGGAGAAAUUGAAAGAAGUCGCUGAACAAGUUCGAUCUAUGAGUGAUAGUUUAGAGACUAUGAAUGAUUGUCCCGAAUACAAUAGAAAGAAAAGGCAGCUGGAGAAUAUUUACAACAGGCUGGAAGCUGCCAUUAGCGGUUCAUUCGUGGACGCUUUAACCCAAAUGGAUCGCGAACGGACCGGUACGUACGUGUCGCUGUACUCGGGCAUGCACCGGACGCUGUCCGCGUCGCGGUGCUGGCGGCGCGCCGCCGCCGGCAAGGUGUGCAAGCGCUGGGCGCGCGCGCCGGCGCACUCCGUGCGGGUUCUCACCCGGGUCAUGUCUAAGGAUGCUGUGAAACACGUGGACUGGCUCAAAAAUGUACUGAAGUCAGAAACACCCCUCGCAGAAUUAGUGCGCCUGUACACAGAUUUGCUUCUAUCACUCAACCCGUCGCCUAUCAAGGUAGUGACAGCAAAAUUCAAGCUCUGUCAGGGCCCUGAGCAGAGUAUCACCAUGCUGUGUGAUCUCAGAACCGAAAUCGAUGAUUUCAUCAACACCAUCGAUUCCAUUAUCGAUUCUACUGGGCUUGAUAGGGAGGAGUUAACAUUCACGGUGAUGCGUGAAUUCGGUUGCGCUGCGUUCGCGCCAUUGAAAGAACUGCUACCGAAAUAUGCCGAUGCGCAAGCGCAAGUGCUCCUCGCUCACUUGGAAGAUCCUUCUUUAAAACAGGAGGACCUUCUAGAAGGUUCCAGGGCCAUUCUGGUCGUAGCCGAGAAAUGCGAGACUUGGUUGGAAACCGCCUAUAACCAAGGAACCAAAAUCGCUGGCUCUGCGAUAUAUCCGUACUACGCCACGGCUGUUGAGUCGUUCACAACGGUCCUUCUAAACCUGAUCACCACUCACACUCGCAAGAUCGAGAGUAGCUUCUUAUCAUCGGUGAAGGCUGGUGAAGUAACAGGUGUUCUCAGUGAGACGUUCCCAGCAUCCCUGGUGCUUGAGAACGCCACAGGAGUACUGUUGGAUACUUUUGCCAAGAGACAAAUGGUUGAGGAGAGUGACGUGGAAGUCUCAUCAGGCGGUCCUCUGGAAGAUCUGCCCUCGUUACUGCUUGACGAGGAUCUAAGGAAUGUGACUAGGGCUUUGCCCCCCAGUGUUUCAGGGCUGCGUCGUGCUAGGGACACUCUGAAGGGACUCGCUCGGUCCAUACUGAGGAGCCCUAUUGAUGUGCAGCUGGAUAAAAUCCCGCAGCUCUCGGUGUGGCAUAACAACGAUGCUCUAUCCACCGAUCUCCCGGACUUUGCUCUUUCCCCACAGGAAUACAUUACUGAGAUCGGUCAGUAUCUGAUGACGCUGCCACAGCAUUUGGAAAUGCACGUGUCCGAGAAGCAAUCGCCAUGGCAGUUUCUUACCGAGCUGUGCGUGCACACAUGCGAUAUGUAUGCGGAAAAGAUAUUGAACAUUCGCAAUAUGGACGCUCUGGGGACUAAGAGAUGCCUCACUGACAUUGUAUAUUUGUCAAGCGUGGUGGAGGAUCUGGGCAGUAAAAUCACGCCAUCUUUGAAGACCUUAGAGAAGUCACUUCGAGCUGCUACUCCAGCAAGUCAGAGCGAA